AUGCCUUCUGAUGAAACAAUAUCUAAAUCAAAUGGCAAUAUCCACAUUGCCACCAAUAAUAUCAAUGGGGUUGGUCCUACUACUACUACAGAUCAACUAGACAUUUCUGAUCAAUCAUCAACAUUAUUGCAUAAUAAAAUAAAUUUUGUACGAGAAUUAACUCCACGACCCGAUAAUUAUUCUUCAAUUAAUUCAUGUAAUCAUAUUGAAUCAGUUUUAGGAACAAAAGCUAAAAAUACUGUAUUUGAAACUUAUAGACAAGCAGUAUUAAUAUCACAACCAAUUAUUAAUAAUAAUAAUAAUAAUAAUAAUAAUAAUAAUAAUAAUAAUAAUAAUAACACUAAUAAUAAUAAUUAUAAAUCAAUUUAUAAAUUGAAAAAAGAUGGAUCAAUUAUACCGAUUGAAAAAUUAAUAAAUUCAAAAAAUUUAGUAUUAAAAUGUCAUCAAUGUCAUUUAAAUAAUUUUGGGAAUUCAAUGAUUUGUUUACAAUGUCCUCAUGUUGGUUGUUGUUUUAAUGAUUAUAAUCAUUCUUAUUCUCAUUAUAAAUCAACUAAACAUAUGUUUUCUAUUGAUUCAAGUUGUGGUUUAUUAUAUUGUUUUAAAUGUAAUGAUUUUAUUAAUCAUCCAGAAUUAGAAAAAAUUCGUUUACAAAUUGUUUUAGGUGAACACGACGAGGAGAAGAAAAAGAAGAAGAAGAAGACAACGACGACAACGACUGUGGAUGAUGAUGAUGAUGAUGAUGAUGAUUUUAUUAAACAAAAUUAUGUUGAUCCGGGUCAAAUUGCCAUAAAAGGAUUAAAAGGAUUUGUUAAUUUAGGAGCAACAUGUUUUAUGAGUUCAAUAUUACAAACAUUAAUUCAUAAUCCAUUAAUUAAAUAUCAAUUUUUUAAUAAUGAUUUACAUUAUUUUAAUUGUGAAAAAUUUCAUAAUCAAUUUAUUAAUCAAGGUAAUAUUGAUGAAAAUAAUGCUUGUAUAACUUGUAGUAUUGAUAAUAUUUUCCAAUCAUUUUAUACAUCAACUACUAAUGAAGGAUUUGGUAUGACUAAUUUAUUAACUACGGCUUGGUAUAAACAAAAAUCAUUGGCAGGAUUUGAAGAACAAGAUGCUCAUGAAUUUUGGCAAUUUUUAUUAAAUGAAUUUCAUAUGGAUUAUCAAAGAAUUAUAAAUAAUUUGAACCUGAACCUGAACCUGAACCUGAACCUGAACCAAGAUAAUAACGAGAAAAAUACUCAUUCAUCUAAUGAUGAUUCAGUGGUGAAUUCUUGUGGAUGUAUUAUGCAUUCAACAUUUUCAUUUGAAUUACAAAGUUGUAUUAAAUGUGAUUCUUGCGAUUCAAUUACUGAAACCGUUGAUCCAAUGAUUGAUUUAUCAUUAGAAGUCAAUUUCACAAAUUUAUAUCAAUCUUUACAAUCAUUCACUAGAGAUGAAAAAUUAGAUGAUUAUAAUUGUAAAAAUUGCAACAACUCCAACAACAAUAAGUCUACAACUACUACAUCAGCAAUUAAAAAAUUACGAUUGAAAACUUUACCACAAAUAUUAUCAAUUCAAUUAAAAAGAUUUAGACAUGAUAUUUUAGGUAGUUUCCAAGCAACAAAAAUUCAAUCUCAUAUAAAUUUCCCAUUAUUUUUAAAUGUUACUGAAUAUUCUGUUAUUAAGGAUACUGAUUAUAUUUAUCAAUUAUUUGCUGUUGUUUGUCAUCAAGGAUCAAUAAAUACUGGUCAUUAUACCGUUUUCAUUAAAAAUAAUAGUAAUUGGUAUAAAUUCGAUGAUAGUGUUGUGACCAUGGUUUCUCAAGAUGUUGUUAUCAAUUCCGAAGCAUAUUUAUUAUACUAUAUAGUUUAA